UUGGCCGCUGCAACAGUGUGCGCGAAGAAAAGCUUUGCGAUAAAAUCAUUUAGUCAUUUUGUAGAGAAUAGAAAACCUUGGAAGCGAGUAGAUGGAGGACUACGAACUGGAAACCAUGCUCCGCAUCAACAGCAUUGUGGUGGUCCGCAAACUGGGCUGCGGCUCCUUUGGCGACAUCUACGAGGCCAAGCACUUGGGGUCGGGCCUCCACGUAGCCCUCAAGGUGGAGCGCAAGGAUGUCGGCAGCUCGCACCUGCCCACCGAGUACACGGUGUACAAUCUGCUCAGGCAUGGCAUGGGCAUCCCGGCCACCUACCAGUUCCUCUCGAACAAGCGGCACAACGUGCUGGUGAUGGAGUUGCUCGGCCAGUCGCUGGAGAACCUGUUCGAGUUGUGCGAUCGCCGCUUCUCCACGAAGACGGUGCUCAUGCUGGGCGAGCAGAUGGUGGAGCGGAUGGAGUACCUGCACUCCCAUCGCUACCUGCACCGCGACAUCAAGCCGGACAACUUCCUGAUGGGCGGCGGCGACACUAGCCACCGCCUCUACCUCAUCGACUUCGGUCUGGCCAAGCGCUACUGGGACAUGACGGAGAACAAGCAUGUGCGCCAAAGGCGUGGCACCCGGCUCACCGGCACCGCCCGCUACGCCUCCAUCAAUGCGCUGUGCGGCGGCGAGCAGAGCCGCCGGGACGAUAUGGAGUCGGUGGGCUACGUCCUCAUGUAUCUGCUACGUGGUAGACUGCCGUGGCAAGGCCUUUUGGCCAACAGCAGGGAGCAGAAGCACGAGAUGAUCACCGAGAUGAAGCUGUCCACGUCGCCGAAGAGCCUGUGUGCCGGCUAUCCCAGGGAGUUCUACACUUACAUUAACUACACCCGGCAACUGGGCUUCGAAGAGGAGCCGGACUAUCGGACGAUCAGGUGCUCCUUCUUGACCUUGAUGUACAGCCUGAACUACAUCAAUGACCAUAUCUACGACUGGGACCAGGUCGAGAGUAACGCGGAGAAAGGUGGCGGCGAAGUGGGGAAAGAGGUCGAAUUAGGAGUCGUCUAAGGACAUGGUAGCAUGUUGCAUGUUGCAUGUUGAAUAAAAGCGUCGGACUUUUCUAGAUGCCACAAAUGCCAAUUUA